AAAAGAAUGUCCUUUCCCCUGAUGCAACAGUGGUUUUAAAAGAGGACGCUGCCCUGGAUGAUGUAAAAGAUGUCACAUGCUGUGCUGAUGGGACUUCUUCAUGACCACAUCAGUUGUGCUAAAGAGAUUGGUUUAAUGCCUAGCUCGAUUUGGAUUAAUUUUAGUCUAGCAAUGUAGUAAUUUUAAACCAUAAAAAAGCAACCCAGCAUGCUGGAUUAAACAUAGUAACCCAGCACUGGGUUCGUCCCUUUUUGACCCUGUGCUGGGUUGCCAAAAUAACCAAAAUUUGGUUGUUUAGACAUGUAACAUAACUAACAAAAAUUUUCAGAGACAUUGUGUUUAUGUAUGUAUACAGAGAAUUACAUGCGUCAUUGAAAUGACGCAUAAGGCAAACAAUUGAAUCAAAUUAAGUACCCUGUAUGUCGAUAAAUGAUGCUAAAAGUAUAUCUUGAGCGUUAAACCAUGACACUAAGGGAUCCUGAAUAAAUGUGGAGUUGGGAGUGAAAACUGCAGGGUCUGGUUUGGUCCUGUAGGAAGCCAUCAUCGGUGUAACAUUUGCUAAAUCCAUAACCAUUUUUAGGUCACAGUGGGAGGGCGGCAAGCAAGAUGAGUUGGAGCAAUAGUGGACCAAAAUUGUAGCACUAUUACGUUAAUAAACAAAACAAAAUGAUCAUCCAAACAGGAUAUAGCCUAAUUCACAGAUGAAACUGGAACUGGAACUGGAAAGAGUAACAGAUCUUAUGCACUUGAGCAGUGAACAGGGAAAUCCCAGAGUGUCUCUGAUGUAGCAUAUAUAAUGGAGCCAGUCAGCUCAUGUAUUCACAUUUGGUCAGUCAAGUGGCUUAAAGUGAAGACCUUCAAGAGACUGAAACAAUGAAGACUGUGGCAGCUCUACUUGUUUUUGUCAGUUUGGCCAUUGUUGCUAUUGAAGGGAGGCCUGGGAUUGGAAUCCAAAGAUGUUUAUGUCGUGGUGCUGGUCUCAAAAUGGUGAAGCCAACGCUGAUAGAGAAAAUUGAAAUUCACCCUGUUAGUCCAUCCUGUGGACAUGUGGAAGUUGUUGUCACAAUGAAAAACAAUGGAGGUCGAAGAUGCUUAAACAAAGAGUCGUUGUUUACCAAGAACAUCAUUGCUAUGACUGCAAAAAAGACCAAGAGUGCUCAGUAAAAUGUGUGGAGGUUGUGGCCACUGUGGACGCUGUCAUUAAAAAGCUGUAUUGAUUCUUUAAUUUAUAACAAUAUAAAUUAUAUUACAGUAUUUUAUAUAUUAUAUUUACACAUUAUGUUAUGUGUUUUUAAUUUAUUUAAAAAAAAAUGUGUUGGAUGUCAUUUUGGAUGUUUGUUGUUAAAUGUCAGAUAAAAUUUUCAAAUAAAAUCUUGUGAAGGUUUGAU